GCCACCUGUCAGUGUCCAUCAGUGCCAGCAGUCAGUGCCACGUGCCAGUGCCCAUCAGUGCCACAUCAAUGCCACAUAUCAGUGCAUACCAGUCACCAGUGCCGCCUAUCAGUGCCAGUCAGUGCUGCCUUUCAGUGCCCAUCAGUGAUUCCUGUCAAUGCCCAUCAGUGCAACCUACCAGUGCCUCCUCAUCAGUGCCCAUCAGCGCCACCUAUCAGUGUCCAUCAGUACAGCCUAUCAGUGCCCAUCACUGCAGACUCAUUAGCGCUCAUCAGUGAAGGAGAAAAAUCACUUAUUUACAAAAUUGUAUAA